ACAAGAUGUCGGCAGUGGUUUUACUUAUUUUGUUGGGUCUUUCGGGACUCGUAUCCAUAACAGCCAUACGAAUCAAGGGAAACUCAACGGAUGGUCGGUUUUACAAGGAUCAACGGAUCAUCGGUGGUCAGGCAGCUGAGGAUGGCUUCGCUCCCUAUCAGAUAUCCUUGCAGGGAAUCUCCGGUGCCCACUCCUGUGGUGGUGCCAUAAUAAACGAGACCUUCGUCCUGACAGCCGCUCACUGUGUCGAAAAUGCCUUUAUUCCAUGGCUGGUUGUCGUCACGGGCACUAAUAAGUAUAACCAACCAGGAGGCAGGUAUUUCCUAAAAGCCAUUCAUAUCCAUUGUAACUACGAUAAUCCGGAGAUGCACAAUGAUAUUGCCCUGUUGGAAUUAGUUGAGCCAAUUGCUUGGGACGAGCGCACUCAGCCGAUCCCGUUGCCCUUGGUGCCCAUGCAGCCGGGUGAUGAAGUAAUCCUCACUGGUUGGGGAUCCACGGUCCUCUGGGGCACCAGUCCCAUCGAUUUGCAGGUUCUAUACCUUCAGUACGUUCCCCAUCGCGAGUGCAAAGCCCUGCUGAGCAACGAUGAAGAUUGUGAUGUGGGUCACAUUUGCACUUUUUCGCGGCUGGGAGAAGGUGCCUGCCAUGGAGAUUCCGGUGGACCUCUGGUCAGCAAUGGUUACCUGGUGGGACUGGUCAACUGGGGAUGGCCCUGCGCAACAGGAGUUCCGGACGUUCAUGCCAGUGUUUAUUUCUAUCGUGAUUGGAUACGCAAUGUCAUGAGUGGGAAUUCAAAGUGCACUGGGUUCAGCUCCAACCAAUCCUAAAGGUUCCGUUUACUGUGACUAUCAUAGUGCACCAUAAAAAAUACUAAUUUAUAAGGCAACGAUAAAAUUGCCUCGAUAAGCAGGGGCCAGUUAAUAAAGUUUUGAUAGCG